AUGUCGUUGUCCCUAAGAGAUGUGAAUAAGGGUAAAUAUAACUUUCCGGAUGGAUAUGAUAGCAUAGGGAAAACCAAGAGGACUCUGCAUCCUUCAGCAAACGCCAAGCUUUUGUUUGCAGAAGAACAGUUACCACAUUCUAUUGAUGCCAUAUUUGCGCCGCUAGAGGAGAACAAGGAAUACGAUGGGGACGACGGUAACGCAGCCGCCAUCGAAGGGGAAUAUGAAACCGAAAGGUUCGGACUAAGAUCCAACAGCGUGGUACAGCAGAUAGGUGAGUUUGCGCCCAUUGAGGACUUCACACGCGACGACAGCAGAAUGAUGUAUGAAAGUAUGGGCACGAGCCUUCGGUUGGACUCACAGGGAGUAGUCAAGUACUCUAUCAGAGAAGACAGCAUGAUCAUGCACACCCCACCUUCAAACCGCGGCUACUUUUUGCCAUCGGUUAUGACUUCCUUUAGCAGUGCGUUGGACAUGCUGUAUGAAUUGGUACACGACAGUCUCAUGGUGCCAGCUAACUACCGAUACGCAGGAGUCGACAUUGACGCAGAGUCCGAGAGCCUCAAUACAAACCUCUUUAUCAUCCCAUUGCAACGGAAAAUCUGUCAUUUGGUCGAUGUUCUAGUCCACCUAAACCAUCUAGAGUUGACCCUUGAAGUGUUCAAACAAUGUGGAGAUAGCGCUGUGGAGCCGGAGCAGUGCAAGCGCCUCGAUGCGUGUCUACAUGAGAUACUUGAGCUUGUUGCCAAUUUUGUUAAUGAAGACCAGCACGAGGCUACGAUUUUUCAGAGUUUUAUGGCCUCCAAGGCCUUCUCUAGGAAGUUCAAAUUUAGCCAGGUCGGCGCUGACGUGCUAGACGAGGUAAGACCGUUGCUUACGUUAGCCAACACGCCGCAGCUGACCUUGCAGAGCUUCAAGUUUGACGUGCAGCUCAUAGAUAACGAUGACACCAGUCUACAGGAGGAGUUGCGGUACCAUGUCAACUAUAUGCUAGCAUACCAGCUCCUAUUUCAGAAACUUAAAGGCUUCUUCAUCAAUUGUCUAUCAUUUGAACAGAACGAGGACAGCGGCAUCGUCCUCCACUGCUUGGAGGGCUUUUUGACCAACUCUGUCGAGCUUGAGAGCGCAGAGUUACUUGUAGGUUUGGAUACCGCUAUCGACGCAUGGGCCCGCAAAGACCACGACCGAAGCAUUGUCCUUGCCAGCUGGUGCAACGAAAUGGCCAGGAAACAGGCCAAAUUGGGCCAGCAGGCAGAGGAGGACGAUGACACCUUGGGUGGCGGCGACAAGUACAACGUCGCGAAGCUCUUCAUCCAGCAGUUGAAGGACAUCACUGCGGGCCACUCGCUUAGCUCUGGCUUCACGGUGUUGACGGCCGGUCUCGACUCGGGCGCAGUCCCCAAUUCCGAGCUCGUGCUCUACCAGAACCAGAGCAGAAACAUCAACAUCAAGCGCUGGGUUUUCGGCCAACAGAAAUCGCUAUCCCACAAGCAGCGCUUACUUGAGAAGUGCCACAAGUUGAAGUGGAAGCUUGUCAAGUGGUCGCAGGGGUUCUCGCGCAAGAAGCAGACCACAGAAAGGCGCCAGUACCUUGCCUCCAGAGGAAACAACUCGGAGUUGGUCAGCCUCUCCAUCUCUGGGAGCUACCACAACUGGCGCAACGCCUAUCAUAAUCCUGUCUUCAAUAAUUUGCAUAACGGCUCCCGCAAACUGGGCGAGCUACAGGACCGCGCAAAGAAGAUAGACGAAUUCAAGAGAAAGCGAGACAGGCUUAUGUUCCUUUUCUUCGGGGAGGAUUCAUAG